GCGGCAGGGGAGGAGGCGGUGCCUGUGUCGGCGCUAGAGGUUGUGUCGUUCCUAGGCAAGCUUCUCUGCGCAGUCGCGGCGCUGAAGGCGGCUCUCUACCUGCUCCGCAGAGUGUGUCUAGCGAUGGCCUGGAAGUCGGGAGGCUCCAGCCACUCCGAGCUCAUCCACAACCUGCGCAAAAAUGGAAUAAUCAAAUCAGAUAAAGUAUAUGAAGUAAUGUUGGCUACAGACCGUUGCCACUAUGCAAAAUGCAACCCUUAUAUGGACUCUCCUCAAUCAAUAGGUUUCCAAGCAACUAUCAGUGCCCCACACAUGCAUGCAUAUGCUCUAGAACUACUAUCUGAACAGUUACAUGAAGGAGCCAAAGCCCUUGAUGUAGGAUCUGGAAGUGGAAUUCUUACAGCAUGUUUUUCACGAAUGGUUGGUCCCCAAGGACGAGUUGUAGGAAUUGAUCAUAUCAAAGAGUUAGUAGAUGACUCAAUAAAUAAUGUCAAAAAGGAUGAUCCUACAUUACUGUCUUCAGGAAGAGUGAAACUGAUGGUGGGGGAUGGAAGAAUGGGAUAUCCAGAAGAAGCUCCCUAUGAUGCUAUUCAUGUAGGAGCUGCAGCCCCGGUUGUGCCCCAAGCACUCAUAGACCAAUUAAAACCUGGUGGAAGAUUGAUAUUACCGGUCGGCCCUGCAGGUGGAAACCAGAUGCUGGAACAAUAUGAUAAACUAGAAGAUGGCGGUGUCAAAAUGAAGCCUCUGAUGGGAGUGAUAUACGUGCCUUUAACAGAUAAAGAGAAACAAUGGUCCAGGUGGAAGUGAUUUUCUGUUCCACUUUCUUCUUCCACAGAUACACGCAUACAAGGGAUGAAUUGUAAAAGCUACAUCAUCUUGACCCAAACAUAGUGUUACAGUGGACUGCCCAUCUCCAGUUCUAAAAGCUUUUUGAAAACCAACAGCAUUGCAGCUUGUUUUGGAUUUUGUUAUACUGUUAUCAGCAUGGAAAAGCGUGGUGUUUUUAUUUCAUUUUUUUAGAGGCUUAAGGCAAAUCUAGCAAAGAGUUGAUGGAAAGUUUAAAUUUGGGCUGUUUCUUUUUAACAUGCCUUUUUUACUUUCACCUGGUUAAAGAAAUGAAUUUCUGCAAAAAUGCAGACCUACAGUUUGUGAACUCUUUAAUUUUGAUGGCUGAUACUUUUUGAACACUUUAUUUCAGCUCCAUUGUUCCCUGGUAAAAUUGCUUCUGUGCACCUUAUAACACUACAUACACAAUGGCAGGUUCUCUAUGUUCAGAUGUCUGCUAAAUGUUACUAAGAAAAUGAGAUGAACUUCCUUUUUAAAGCUUGUGACACGGUGUCAUAGACUAGCAUGUAAUAGAUGCAAUCAGCUGCGUUAUUACCUUAAAAGUGGGCAUUUGUAUAUAUAUUAAACUUCAGGACAUCAGAGGUGACAGCUCUUGUUAUAAACUCUAUGGUUCAGGUUGGACAUAACUGACAUAGUUUUUUUCCUUCCUUGUCAAAAAAUUAGAGGAAACUUGUAGCUCAGUAUUGUUUUGUAGCUCAUUGCUGAUAUAUAUAUGAAUUUAACAUAACAAAUGCUGUGUAAGCUAUGUCCUAAUCACUGAACAGUUUAUGCAGUGCUGCUUUGCCAAAUAAAGUUAAAAGCAAAAAGGGUUUUGUGUGCUUCUUGUAUGGGAGAUCAGGAUCAGUAUGUUAAAUAUAACUGCUUGAAAUGCAGAAUACUGUACUCCAAUAAAAUUAAUAUCCACAUUGUUUAAAAAUUAGCUGCUUUUGACAUAAAAUCUCUGCAGUAUUAUCUACUUUUUUCUUCCACCUACAGGUAGUGAUGGGGAAAAAAUUUGGAUUAAUGUUUUAGGGGAACUUCAAUUUUUUAGAAGAGGGAAAAAAAGCUGAUAAAUACUGAAGAACUGAUGGAUCCCAAAACCCUGACCAAAUAAAUAUAUUUGGGGGGGGGGGGGGGUGAGUGUGUGUAUAAACACUACAAAUAUCCAUUUAAAAGAGUAAUUUAAAGGCUUUUUUUUUUUUUAACGUUCUCAAGACCCAGGUUUUAUGUUCUGUGUUUGCUGCAGUUAAUGACAUCAGGAAAACCCAAAGCACUUUAAAAACUGUAUAGCUCUUGGAUUGCUUUAGGGGGGUGUAUGUAUUCUUCCUAGCAUUUGAGUGGUAAAAUACAUGUUAAGCUCUUUGCCUUUUUUACUACAAAGAAGCAGAGCUAGAUGAAUAAGAACCUGCAUGAUUUGGUUCAAAGAGGCCACUGUUUCUUUUUGAAAAAUAUUCAGCCUGCUUUUGUUAGAACAGACAUAUUUUCUGAGAUAGACUUAAUCAUUGAAAGUAUGAAGGGUAUUAUUGAAAGGCCUCUGAAAUGUGAAAGAACAAGUAAAUUACCUUCAUGUGAAGGUCAGUCUCUCCUGUUCCUGUGUAAAAUAGGUCAUAUCAUUAAUUUAGACAUUUAGGAGGCUAAUAUACCACCCCCCCACAUCUUUCAAUUGAAGCUUGGGAGCACAUACACAAUAUUAAUCCUGUAAAGGAGACUAAUUUCAAAUUAAGAAAGUCACUUGAUUACUUAGUGCUUGUUCUAGAAAAUACAAUGAAGAAAAAUGGGUUUGCAUCUGAUGUCAAAUUUGUGCUAAUCGACAAUCAACUGUGAAUAUAUUCUUAGUAUUGAAGUGAAAUAUCUGAAAUGAUGCAUGCAGCAGGAUAAAAUAUCUCAACAGAUAACACCAUCUUAAUCCUAAUUUUUAGCCUUUUGGUCACUGUCAUUCUAAUUUACUGAGUUCUUAACUUUGCCUCUUCUCACUAAUUUAAUCAGCUAAAUUAAGAAUAAGAACGCAAAUGUAUCCAAAUUCUUCUCUCUAGACAAAGUGUAACAAGCUACCUAUGUUGGAUGAGGUGGUAGACAUGAUCCAAAAUUUUCUGUGUAAAAGACCCACAUUGCAGGAGCUAUAAGACUUCUGAGACUAAGGCUGUUGGGGGUUAAUAUGCCUAUUCCAUAGGAAGGGGUGAUGCUUGCCACAUUACUGUCAUCUGAAUCUAGGGGUAGCAAUGAGAGAGUCUGAAAGUUGAGAUUCCUCCAUGGUGAAUGAAGCAAUGGUUUUGGUCUUAAGGCUUCUUCGAGAAGAGAAGUUGAAAUGCAGAGGAUUUGAAGAGCUUGAAUAAAUGCGGUAUCUGAAUUGCUACUUUGCCAAAUAAAAUUAAAAGUGAGAGGAA